AUCAAAAUUAUUUGAAAGAUAAAUCCAAACUCAAAUUCUUUAAAAUGAUUCCUGCAUUUCAAAUUCGGCUUCUAUAUGCAUAGACAGAAAGCUAAGAAUCUUCAAUUAAACAAAUAAAAUUAGGAAUGCUGAGUGCUGAAUGCAGUGUGAAGAAAGUAGAACAGAGGCCAUUUUCUCUGAUAGGCUGCUGGGCCAGACAGAAGACAAAGUGGGUACCUGAAUAAAACCGUUAAGCUAAUAAAAAUCUUAUGGAGAACUGUGAUUCUUCUGAUAUUGCAGAUGGGUUGGAAGAAGCAUAUGUCGUUGAGGAGCAGGGAUCCAAAAACAGUGUUGAAAGUGAUGACUCUAAUGGUGAUGAAAUGGGUUUGAUCAGAAAAGAGUUUGAGCAUCAUGAAAAGGGCGUGUCUAGGAUAAACAAUGGGAGUUUUGGGACCUGCCCUGCUUCUGUUAUGGAUUCACAGGCUAAAUGGGCAGGGUUGUGGUUGCAACAGCCUGAUAAGUUCUAUUUUGGGCCUCUGCAAGAUGGGAUUUUGCAGUCUAGGAGGAUAGUGGCUCAGAUCAUCAAUGCGGAACAGGUGGAGGAGGUCUCGUUGGUGGACAAUGUCACAACAGCAGUUGCAGUUGUGCUUCAGGAGGUUGCUUGGGGAUUCAUGGAGAAGAAAUUUCAGAAGGGAGAUGUUGUACUGAUGCUUCAUUAUGCCUAUGGAGCUGUGAAGAAGGCAAUCAAUGCAUAUGCUGGUCGGGCUGGGGCCCGUAUUAUUGAAGCUGAAUUGCCAUUUCCAGUUGGAUCCAAUGAUGACAUAAUAGACAGCUUCAGAGCUGCAGUGGACAAAGGCAAGCAAAAUGGGGGAAGAAUUAGGCUGGCAGUUAUAGAUCAUGUAAGUUCCAUGCCCUCUGUUCUUAUCCCUGUAAAAGAGCUUGUUAGGAUAUGUAGAGAAGAAGGGGUAGACCAAGUUUUUGUAGAUGGAGCCCAUGCUAUCGGAAAUAUAGAAAUUGACAUGCAAGACAUUGAUGCUGAUUUUUACACCAGCAACCUGCACAAGUGGUUUUUCUGCCCACCCUCUGUUGCAUUUUUGUACUGCAGGCAUUCAUUUCAUUCAAAUAUUCACCACCCAAUUGUUUCCCAUGAAUUUGGAAAAGGAUUGCCUGCCGAAUCUGCUUGGGUUGGCACUAGGGACUAUAGUGCACAACUUUGCGUGCCUUCUGCUUUGGAGUUCACUAAAAAAUUUCAAGGUGGCAUUGAAGCUAUAAGGAGAAAGAAUCAUGAAAGAGUUGUUGCAAUGGGAGAAAUGUUGGCUGAGGCUUGGGGGACUCAGUUGGGGACUUCUCCAGAGUUGGCCUCAGCAAUGGUGAUGGUUGCAUUGCCAAACUGUUUGGAGAUUCAUUCAGCGCAAGAUGCAUUGGAUUUGAGGACUCGUCUCAGGAAAGAGUUUGCGGUCGAGGUUCCGAUUUAUUACAGGGCACUGGAUAAAGAUUUGCAAUCAAACAGAGGGGCAAGUUUCAGAGCUUAUGCAAGAAUCUCUCAUCAAAUAUAUAAUACUUUGGAUGAUUAUCUGAAAUUCAGAGAUGCUAUACUUCAUCUUGUUGCAGAGGCUUCAAAAGUGGAGGAAGGAGUCUGUUUAAAAAAAUAGGGUUGAUGGAUCCGAAGUGAGCAUCUCUUGGAUAUAAGAAUAGUGAUGUUUCUCAGCAGCACUGCAUGCAUCCUGCCAGUACCUGCAAGUAAGACUUCUCCUUACUAUAUGAUCAACGGACGUUAAGAAAUAUCUUCAAAUUGUCAGUUGGCGACCUUCCAGAAGCUUGCAUGAUGAUUCCUUGGAAGAUUGUAAGGGCAUCGUGCGACGCAAAAUCCAUUCUAUCAUAUGCAUUGAUUCAUUUUCCAUUGACAAAUGCUGUCUUAUCUUAUUCAACGAUGACUUAUUGUAACAGGACACAUAUGCAACCACUUACUACAAGAUUGUAAUAUGAAUGGAAAGGAAAAAGUGUUCUUCAAUAUCAAUGUAUAUAUGCUUCUAAAUUCCACAAAAGGUUUUAGCUGUU